GCAUCCCCCGAGCCCCACGGCCCUGUGGGGCCCCGCAGGCGGGUGCCCAGCGUUGGGAAGGCUCUGCUGGCCGGGGGAGGACCCGGAUCCCUCGCCACGCCUCCCGCCACCCCGGACACGCCGCGGCUGCCGCGGGCUCCCCACGCCGAGCAUCACCCGACCCGCACCGGGCACGGAGGGCACGGACACGCGCGGGCAUGGCAGGAAAAGCCCACAGGCUGAGCACAGAGGAGAGGGAGCAGCUGCUGCCAAACCUGAGAGCUGUGGGGUGGAAUGAGGUGGAAGGCAGAGACGCCAUCUUCAAGGAGUUCCACUUCAAGGACUUCAACCGGGCCUUUGGCUUCAUGACCAGAGUGGCUCUACAGGCAGAAAAACUAGAUCACCACCCUGAGUGGUUCAACGUGUACAAUAAGGUUCACAUCACCUUGAGCACCCACGAGUGUGGAGGGCUGUCGGAGCGGGACAUCAACCUGGCCAGCUUCAUCGAGCAGGUCGCAGCUUCCCUCUCCUGACCGGAGAGACAUGAAGCCAAAAAGCCACUGUGCCACUGCCACAACCUGUGUCUAGACAGCUGCCCCCAGAGCCUUGUCCUGAUUCCAAGCUACAUCCUGGGAUCCAGACUGCCUGACACCUCACCCAUUCCCCUGCCCCAGCUCACUUGGAUGGAGGCCCUGCUCAGGGUGCACAUACUGAGCUUGCAAAUUCCGCCCUUAAAACCUUCCUUAGCCACGUGCUCCCAGCCCAAGUGCUGAGCCUUUCGCCAGGAAUCAGUCAUAUCACAGAAACACAGACUGGUUUGGGUUGGAAGGGACCUUAAAGAUCAUCUCAUUCCAACCCCCGCCAUGGGCAGGGACACCUUCCACUAGCCCAGGUUGCUCCAAGCCCCGUCCAACCUGGCCUUGGACACUUCCAGGGAUGGGGCAGCCACAGCUUCUCUGGGCAAUCUGUGCCAGGGCCUCACCACCCUCACAGGCAAUAAUGUUUUCCUAAUAUCCAAUCUAGACCUCCUCUCUGUCAGUGUAAAGCCAUUCUCCCUUGUCCUGUCACUACAUGCUCUUGUGAAAAGUCCCUCUCCAUGUUUCUUGUGGGCUCCUUUCAGGUCCUGGAAGGCCACAGUUAGGUCACCCCAAAGCCUUCUCCUUUCCAGGCUGAACAAUCCCAAUUCUCCCAGCCUUUCCUCAUAGUAGAGCUGUUCCAUUCCUCUAAUCAACUUGGUGGCCUCCUCUGGACUUGCUCCAACAGCUCCAUGUCCUUCCAGAGUCAUGUUACGCAACUGCACCAGUAAAUCUUUCCCAAGCCUGACUCCAUCCAGCCACUGUGUUGUUGCUUCCAGAAUAUGCUUUCUGCCUAAAACAUGUUUUGUGAACCCCUUGGUCUCUCUGUAACAAACCAGCAACGUGAUGUGCAGUUUGUCAUCCCUGUAACCCCUCUCCAACAGUAUUACAAGCAGGCACGUGGUCUCACCCCAACUGGAACCGGCCUUUAGUAAGAUACCAAGUGAUAAUGUUUACAAUAAAUGUCUUGGUUAACCUGAUGUCAGCUUGGAAAGAGGCCUCACUGAUCAAAUGACACCAGCAGGUCUCCCCGAGGCAGGUACUGCUCUCAGAAAGGGGCUUCUGCCAUGGGAAAAUUUCAUAGAGAAGCGGCACAUGCCUUGGCCUCAAAGUGAUCAGGGUCUGAAAAAGCAGAUUAUCAAAGCCAGAGCAGGUAAAAAAUGCUCGUGUAAAAUCACAUGUGUGCCAUAGCCAAGGCACAAACACAGGGAAGGGACAACCAAAAGGUACAGAAGCAGCACAGCAACAGGCCAGGGGUUGCUUACGUCCCAAAAAAAGGUUGGGGGUGGAUUUGGUGGUACAAGAUCUUCAGCGAUACAAUGAUCAACUUGAUGUGAAA